AUGGCGUCUCAUGCGCCCUCUACAUGCUGCACCAUCGGCAGUCUUCAUGAGGGAACUCACCAAGGAAAUCUGAUCCAGAUCGAUGGCAACACAGACGCGUACUUAGCCAUUCCAACGACUGGAGAAAAGCCGAAACGAGCUGUACUGUAUAUCCCGGAUAUCAUUGGUAUUUGGCAAAAUAGCAAGUUGAUGGCCGAUGCAUUUUCUCAAAGAGGAUAUGUGUGCCUAGUACUUGACAUAUUCAACGGUGACCCGGCACCGUUGAAUAUGCCCAAAGACUUCGAUAUCAUGAAGUGGCUCAAUGAAGGAUCGAACGGAAGUAACCCACACACCCCGGAUGCGAUCGACCCAAUAGUACUUUCCGGAAUACGGUAUCUAAAAGGCAUGGGUAUUGAGAAGAUCGCGGCGGCUGGGUAUUGCCUCGGUGCUAAGUACGUCGUUCGUCAUUACAAAAGCGGAGUACAAUGCGGCUUCGCAGCUCACCCGUCAUUCGUUGAGUCCGAGGAGCUAUCUGCGAUCACUGGGCCGUUGGCGAUUGCUGCUGCUGAACUCGACGACAUCUUCCCUGCCGAAAAGAGACAUGAAAGUGAGAGGAUACUAACAGUCUCUGGACAAGACUAUCAGAUCAAUAUGUUUUCUGGGGUCGCACAUGGCUUUGCUGUUCGCGGUGACUUGAAGGAUGAAAGGCAACGGUUUGCGAAGGAGCAGGCUUUCCACCAAGCGAUAGCCUGGUUUGAUCGGUACCUGGGACCUGAGUGA